CAGUUAACUGCAGUUAUUUUAUUUGGUUAAAUGAUGAUGUACGUAACCAUCACCGCUUUACAGACGUUUACAGGGACAGCAAGGCUGAAUAAGACACUGCCAUGUAAACAGUUUUCUCAUUAUAAUAACCUGAAUAAUGUCAUACUGAGAAUAAGCAAUGAUCUUAUUAAGAUGUGUGGAUUAGUUACAAAAAGUAACUGGUAAAAAAGGAGGUGAAAAUGUUUGUGAACAGAAAAAUUUAGUUUAUUACCAAGUGAUUUCAAUAAUUUAAAGUUGAUUGCUCUGAUAAUGAACUGGGCUGUGUUUUUCAUUCAUCAUUCACAACACCCAAUCCACAUUUAUCGUUUACAACAUGACAUUUUUGUUUCUUCUACCCAAACUGUCCAUUAGUAAUAGAACAAUUAUCUACAAGGUUUCUGAAAGGAUGAAUUGACUAACUUCUGUCUCUGGAUUCACGCAGGCCUGCAUAAUGAAUGGCGGAACAGUUAAUUAUCAGAGCAAUACACUUUAAAAUACAAUAAUAAGUUUAUCAAAUCAAAUGUCUCAAUCCAUUUUUCAAGUUUCAUCACCUCCAAUUUUACCAGUUAAUUUGUGUUACUUCCAUCCUUCGUGUAUUCCAACCUUAGUCACAUUAUGUAGAUAUUUAUAAAUCUUAAAUGAUUAUGUACUGCUGAGUUUCAAUAUUUUGUGACAUCGACAUGUUUGGCAGUACUGUUUGACAUCAUAAUUGGACUUUGUUCUGUAAAAUAUAAACAGGAAUAUGAAUGGAAUAUUCUAUUAACAACUCAUGUAAACCAUAAUCAAAUGAAUGUCUUAUUCAGUAUAAAGUCAGUAGUUUCCUAUAUAAACAUUUAAUAUCAAAACUGAUUCAUUGACAUUGAUUGUGACAAAAAACUAGAGGUGUUGGAAAUGUAUUUGCUCCAUUUAUGCUCUUAAAUUUUCCAACAGCAGCUAACUGAGAUUCACUUGACAGGAGACAUCAAACGCUGACAAUAUGGUUACGAACUAUUUCAUGCUUUAGAGAGGAUUUGAAAAAUGCUGAUGUAUAACAAACAGCUUUAGACCCAGGUCUGGGUGUGUCUCUGGGAUUAUUUCAUCCACUCCUCCAUCAUGGAUUUGUUUUUAAACUUUAAAUGAAAUUUUAUUUACAAGAAAAACAAAGAACAUAGAUAAUAAGACAGCAAUGAAAGACUCGGUAAAACAUAUAUAGUUGAUAAUAAUAAUUACAAAGAAAUAAAGAAAUAAAGUCCAAGAUUUAAUAUAAAUACAAGCUGUAGGCCUUUUACAGAAUGUAAUGAAUUGCGGAUAGAGAGAUUUUUUUUUUAUUUAGCCCACAACACCUUCAGAAACCACCUUAUAGGAGUGGUAGUUAAUAAUCCAAACCUGAGUUUGGAUAAAGUAAAAAAAGUUCAGUUGGAAGUUCAGUUGAUUCAUUUUAAAUCCUGAAGCUUCCUCUUCAAGCCUAUUGUCAGUGGUGAUUAGUGGAAGUGUCAUCACCUGGAAGUAAAAGAGGAAGCAUCUGUGUGAGGAAGUUCAGGUGAGGAUCAGAAACACACACGUGGACUGAUCCAUUGUUACUAUACAAUGACUUCCAGUUUUGUUCAGAGGAGCGUCAAAGGACAUCCGGCGUAUUCAGACUCCUUUCUGCUCAGAGAUCCCAGUCCCAACCCUCUGAAUGAGCUCUGUCACAGCGCCCCCUGGCGGGCUGACAGGGAUGAGCACGGGGAGCAGGGAGACGCACUCAGAGAGCAGCUGCAGGAGAUGGACGAGCAUGUGGCCAGGCUCCAGGACAUGCUGAGGUGUGAGCGCACCAAGUGCACUCAUCUGCAGCUGCGGUGUAGCCAACUGGAGGCAGAGCUGAGGCGGCGGGAGCAGCACAGCAUCCGGCUGAAGGAGCGACUGUCACAGCAGCUCAGUGUCAGACACAAGGAGAAAGGACCCUCCAUAGAGGUGUUAAAUUUUCCCCCUGGAGGCCGCAGCAGAAGAGAACAGCCAAUCAAAUCCUUUGUGUCUACUGCAAAACGGGAAGAGGCAGCACUGCGUCUGAUGCUGGAGCGCAGAGAGGCAGAGCUCAGAGAGGCGAUGAAGCUGCGCCACAGCCUCACCACAUUGCUUCAUGCUCUCAGGGUCAACAUGGAGCAGACCCUGUCAGACUCAGUGGACGUUGAGGACGUUGAGGACGAGGGCCAACAGGACGACAAAAUAUUGUAUGAAGCUGAGGUGGCGCUUGGUGACCAUGUGACAGGAGGUGUGGUUCAGAGUUGGAGGAAGGUGCAGAGGAGACUGGGUGACGUCCAGUCUGAAGGUCACACUGGUGAUGGUACUGACCAUGACAAGCUCUUGGCUCAACUAGGAACUGAACUGAGAGAGAGUCAACAGCUUGUCAGAUUACAACAGCAAAUGCUGCAGGGUAACCUCGCCUCACCUGUCCCCUCUGAACUGGCCGAUUCGUACUUUUUGGAAGAGUGGGAGCGUCUCCAGCUGCGGUGGGCCGAGCUCCAUCAUCAGAGGAGGACUUUUGAAAGAGAGAGGCAGUCCUUCACUGAAGCCGCAAUCCGACUGAGCCAUGAGCGUCGUGAUUUUGAGCAACAGAAGGCCUCUCUCAUGAAGCAGCAGUAUUUGUGCGACUCAUCUCUUUGUGGUAAAGGAGCACCAAGCAGCAAGAGAAGAGAUGGCACUGCUCUCAAUUUCUCAGGUUUGAGGCCCACCAGUAUAUCUGGCUGUCUUCCCAUCACUCCAUCAUCCGCGGGCUCUGGGACAGCUGCUCUCUCUGUGUUAUAUCAGGGAAGAGUCAGAGUUCAAACUCCCAGCACUCCUGAGCUCUACGCUGCCCUCAAUCUAUCAUACAACUGCAGAUCAAUAGAGGUUGAUCCCCAAUCAGAGACAUGGGACUGUGGCACAGAAAAGAUGGUGGACGCACCACAGGCUUCACACUUGGACUGGUCAUUUUAAUACAUUUUGUCACUACAGGUGAUUUUCAUUUAAAAGUAUAUUGUACUUGAUUUUGUAUUUUUAAAAUAAACAAAUACUGAAU